UUCUUUAUCACAUUACAAAGGUAUUCUGACUCUUUACUCAUUAAAAAAGUCCUGUCCAAUUUCCUACUUUGGGAAAACAAACAAAUCAACAUUUCAAAAUUGCCACCAAUGAUUUCCUGUCAAAACUCCAAAGAACUUUUGAAAUCCUGUCUGAUGUGCUGGAACAAAACUGCCAGUUUCUCAGCCUGAGUGUGUCACAUUCUGCCAAUGUUUAAUUACGCUUCCUCCUUACUUCCAGUAUGUUUAUUUCUACCAGUUAGUUGGGCAACUGUAUGACUAUGACUCUGGCAGCUACAUCUGUUGCAUAAUCAUUUGUUUGCGUGCAACAACAAAGAACAUGCGAGGUGUACUUUCCAUAACCACACCCUCCUAAACAAACUAAUAAGGUAGGCGUGCAGUAUGCUGCCUGGUUAGUCUUCACACUUACAAGCUGCUGUGUUCAGCCUCAUGGAACAAACAGUGAACAUAGUUUCAAGGCAACAGUGGGGAGCAGCGGCCCCGAAGCAAAAGGACAGUCUGGAAGGUCCAGCCCAGAGAGUUGUGAUACACCACACUGCCCUCCGGUGCUGCAAAGGCCUGGCAGAGUGUACAGAUGAGGUUCUGAGCAUCCAGAGGCUUCACAUGGACGAAAGACACUUUGAUGACAUUGGGUACAAUUUUCUUGUUGGAGGAGACGGGAGUCUGUUUGAGGGUCGAGGUUGGGGCGUGAUGGGAGCGCAUACCAAAGGUCACAACGGUGACUCCCUAGGCAUCGCUUUCAUGGGCAAUUUCAACAAUGACACACCAAGCAAAGAGGCAAUAUUGUCAGUCAAACAGCUGCUGGUGUCUGGAGUUUUACAAGGCUUCAUCCAACCAGAGUUUGCCCUGUACGGCCACAGGGAUUUAGGAGCUACGCAAUGCCCUGGAGAAAAUCUUUAUGCUGCACUAUCACAACUGAGAAGCUCAGCCUAAAGAAAACUCUUGGGGGAAAGAGAGGAAGGGGAAGACUAAGCUAUGAAUUUAUUUUGACCCUUAACCAGGGUCAUGAGGGUAGAACUAUUUUUUUUUUCUCUGCUGCUGUCAAAACGCCUAGAUCGUUUUAUGCCAACGACAAGUAACCCGUGACACUAAGAUACUGGCAGUUGAAACUCUCCUGCAACUUG